UUUGUUAUUGGCAUGGUAUGUACACACAGCUGCGACUUUAAGCGGGAAAUAGAAUUCAAUGAGUCUCAAUAUAAGCAACAGUUUUGGAUUAACUUGCAAAGUCUUAAGCAAACAAUGUGACAGUCCGCAGAUUAACUCAUGGGCCACAUGCAGCCUUUUGGAAUUGCUCAAAUGCUUAAACGCAAAGGAAAAGCUCUUGCUGACCAAGUACUUUUGCCAAUUGCCGUUAAGUGUGGGCAGUUUUCGAGUGUUGCGGCAACUGCAGCAACUGAGAAUCCUCACUGCAACCGAAUAUAUUUGCAGUAUUUUAGAUGAAGAGCAAUUGCAAUUGAUACUCAUUGAGUUUCUCGAAAGUGAACACGAUUUGCUAGCAAAUUUAUUCAUCGCGGCACAUUAUGAUUCACUAAAUACAAUUAAACUGAAUAAUAUGCUCGACACGGCAUUAAGGCAUCUCUUUGGCGCCCUUGCUAAUAAUCCAAAAAUCAGCAAUUUAAACUAUAUGGAGCCAUUGUCCAAGUCCUUACCCGUUGAUGUCUUAAUCAAUGUGUGCCUGGAAAUGCAUUUAAGCAUUUUAUUGGAGUUACAUGAGGUAGAAGAUGUUAGUAUGGCAUUUAAGCUCUUUAGCACUUGGAUCAACGAGGGCGUCGACGAGCUUACCUUUGUCAAGAGUCUAACAGGCAAGCUACUGGUCAGACAUCAGAAAGAGAUGCUUAAUUUUCUAUUUAAAAUGUCUGCAACGCCCAACUUUAAACAUUGGAAAUACUAUCUCAUUGCGGUGCAGUCAAUAGCCAGUCUGAACAACACAGAAACCAUUUCAUUUGCAAAAAAAUAUCUCAAGAGCCGAUUGCUUCAUGUGGCAAGUUUAGGCUGUCAGCUCUCCAUGUUGCAUCUGCUACUUACCGCUCGUGCUGUGGCAGCCACAACACUAAAUAUACAACAGAAUUUGGAUAAUUAUGCACAGUGGUACAAGCAAAACAUUGGCGAAAUGUCAUAUGCCCUAAGCAAUGAGCAAUUCCAGAUCGUACUCAACCUUCUAGACGAUUCUGUGCACUACGAAUUGGAAAUUGAUUAUCUAGAGAUUCAUGCAGCGAUUGCCAUUUCGCCAGGCGGGAAACUUGUGCAGGCCUAUAAAACCAAAUGCAAAUCACAUUUGGCACGCUUGAAAGCGGCCAGCAAACAGAAAGAUAACAAGUAGAGUACACCCAACAAUUACACAUAUAUGUAUUUACACACCAAUAAAAUGUAAGUCCCUUCAACACCAAUUAACAUUAUAAUUUUUGAGAACGCUGUUUGCCGGCCAGCGGUUUAUUCCGUUCAUCCCAAAGUGUGACGCCAUCGCAGGCACAGAUUCGUUUAAAGUUUUGCAAUAUGCCAGCCGAGCGAGCAAUUAUGCCACAGGCAAUUCUAAAACAGAUCAUGAAUUAACAUUUUUACACAACAAUUUUUUGCAACUCAUUCACUUACCUAUCUCCGGAAUUGCCAUCGAUAAGACUCUGUGCAUUGCCCCCCGCGUCCGAAGUCAUCAGCUUUUGCUGUUAUGACCACGGCACGUCCAAUUAUGUCCCACAUUUCCAACGAGGGAUCUACGAAACGGAAUGUGGCACGACCGGCUUCAUCAGCGCGUAUGUUCCCCAAA